GAGAUUAGGCGAGAGAUGGCUCUUCUUGCUCAAUUGACAGCAAUGCUGCUGUUUCUAGCUUUACUAUUGCCUGCAGUUCUUGGUCAAUUGCACGACAAUGAGACUGUACAGUGUUAUUCAUCUGCUGCUAAUUGUACUAGUGAUACUAAUGGAACUGACACUCUAGCUAUUGACUGCUGUAAUGGAACUGAUGGAGGAUAUAUACGACACUCUUCACUAGCUGCACAGUGUGGUGCAUGCGUUGUUGUUGGUUUUGAUCAAUCACGUGUGCAUAUUGGUCCAAGUGAUGCUGGUAGAAGAUACUCAUUUACUGCUGAUGUACUCCUCAGUACUCCUGAUGCUCCUGAUGUUACUGAUCUGGAUUAUGUUAUUUCAAGAGAACCAGCUAUGCUAGUUGAUGUUUCUGACUACUUAAGUUCAGAUUUUACUGGACGAACCAAUGGUUUCCUACCAGAAAGGUUUAGCAUACGAUAUGUAUCACAAGGGAAUGCUGUUGCUCUCCAACCAACUCUUUCAUUUGAUUACUUGAUUGCUGUUGAAACUGGUCCACUUGAUCGACCAAUACCAUCAGGAGCUGUACUUGUAUACAGACGUCUUAGCAUUAUGAUUGAUGAUAUAGAUAUAAUUACUAUUGGUCUUGAAGAGCCAUCAAUGGUUUUAGAAGGUAGUGAUGCUACAGCUAACGUUGUACGUCAAGUAAUUACAUAUGAAGCUCCUUUUGAAGUCACUGUCUCAAAUGAGAGGUAUACUGGCACAUUGACUCCUGAUGAAGCUGCUGUGGGAGACUUCGAUCGCUUCAACUUUACUGAGCAGCGUAGUGUUGUAUUUCAACCAACAACAGCAAUUGAUCAACGUUUUGAACGUGUGACUUUUUCCAUGCCACGUGAUAAUAUUGUGGAGUUACAAGAAAUUUUUAGGUGGAGACUCAGUGUUAAUGAUUCCAGAGUUAGACUAGAUCCUUUGAAAACUACUCAAAUAGUAAGACUUGACAAUCAAGAUGUUUUCAGUAUUGGGUUUAGAGAACUACAAUUUACUCUUAGAGAAGGAGAAGCAGCCCCAUUAACUAUAAAGCAGAUAGGAAAUGAGACUGGUGGUUUAGCUGUUGGAGGAUUUCCAGAAGUUCGUCUACAGGCAGUUGAUUUGAGACAAGUAUCUGGAACUGCUAUAAAUGGUAGUGAUUUCUUCCUUGCUGAUACUGCUCCAAGAUUCACGUACAGAGCCAAUAAUACACUGAAUGAUACAUUCACUCCUAUCACAACUUUUGAUGAUGAUAUCAUUGAGGGAGAUGAAAAAUUAAGAGUCAUCAUAACACCUGGUGGUGAUAAUGUUGUUCAAGUACAGAGAGACUUUCAGACAGCUACCAUCACCAUUCUUGAUGAUGACUUUGGUGUGCUAUCAUUAGAGAGAGGAACAUAUGAUGUGAUUGAGAAUGAAGGAACUGUAGAAAUAUGUGUUGUACUUACUGGAGGAGUAUUAUCUGAAAAUACAACAAUAGACAUAAGACCUAGAGAUGGCACUGCACAAAUCAGGAGUGACUAUAGUACUCGUAGAAUUCUUCCAUUAUUAGUUGCAUUUACAAACAGGACAUGUGGUAGAUUUGAUAUUAUCAAUGAUACCACUAGGGAACAACUAUUUGAAAACUUCACAGUAUCAAUAAGCAAUACAUCUCCAGAAAAUAAUGGAUUAACAAUAGACCGGACUCCAUCAUUCAUCAGGAUACAAGAUGAUGAUCAGGCUGAAGUAAGGUUUGCUAUGGGUCAAGCUACAUUCUCUGAAGGAGGAGGAAAUCAAUCAAUCACUGUCAUACUAGGAGGAGCACAAUUGAGUCAAGAACAAACCAUAGAAGUUUACAUUGAUGAUGGAACUAGCAAUGGAAUAUCACUUGGUAAUGUCACAUUCGGUACUAAUGUUAUAACACAGAAUAGGAGCAUCAGUUUUCCAGUGGUUGAUAAUAACAUUGCACUGGAACCUGAUAAACAUUAUCUACUAAGAUUAAAGAAAAUUGAUAAUAUAGGUUUAGGUAAUCCAGGAACAAUGAAUAUAACUAUAGUGGAUGAUGAUGAUGUUUCUGUGAGUUUUGUGCAAUCAUCUUACAGUUAUAGUGAAAGUCAUGGAACUGUCAGUAAUAUUCAGGUGCAACUAAGCAAUCCAAUUGCUCAAGAUCUGUCUGUCAACAUUAGAGGAGGCCCUGGCAGUCAAUCAUCUUCUGUUGUUGUUUCAGGUGUUGAUGUGAAUAAAUCUAUAAGUUUUAUUGCAGGUGGCAGUAGAUCAGUGUCACUGAGUAAUUUUGAUCUAAAUGAUGAUGCAUUUGCAUUAGAAGCAGUUGAACAAUAUGAUCUAUCAUUAAUUAAUCAUGAUUAUACUGCUGAUGAAAGCAGAGUGAGUCUAGGAUCAGACACUACUCUAUCCAUUAAUGAUGAUGAUGUUGUUACUGUUAGCUUUUCAAGACGUGUAUAUAACUAUUCUGAGAGCCAUGGAUCUGUUAGUGAUGUUAUAGUACGGUUGUCUGCUCCUAUAAGUAAAGAUGUACCAGUUCAAGUAAUAGCAGAACCAAUGGAUUCACAAACUGUAGUUGAAUCAGGCAGCCGUAUAAAUCAAGCUCUGUUAUUCCGUCCUGGUGGUGCUAGCACUAUGAAUGUACCAUUUGGUAUUACUGAUGAUAAUGUUGGGCUUGAGACACUUGAAUCUUAUCCAAUUAUAUUUAAUACGAGUUUCAACACUGGCGUUAACUAUGGACUCAAUUCAAGGAUAACUAUAACUGAUGAUGACGAUGUUAAUGUAAUGUUUGUGCAAGGAUCCUAUUCAUACUCUGAAGGUGAUGGCAGUUCCUCUGACAUAAGUGUCAGAACUAACAGACCAUUUGCACAAGACAUUAUUAUUGGGGUAUCUGGAGGUCCCGGUAAUCAGCCUUCAACAGUUGAAUCAUCAGGUUUCAAUGUAUCACAGACUUUGACACUUACAGCCAAUACAGCCAUGGCACCAACCUCCCCAGUGGGUACAUUCACUAUCAGAGAUGAUAGUGUAGCAUUAGAGACAGAGGAACAGUAUUCGUUGGGUUUGAGUACCACUACUACGUAUGGAGGUAGAGUUACAGUAGGAGGAGAUGCAAUAGUCUCUAUUAAUGAUGAUGACAGUGUCAGUGUCUCAUUCCAAGGUUCAAGUUAUACCUACCCUGAAAAUCAUGGAACAGUGUCUGAUAUUAUACUGGUUGCAAAUACAACUGUAGCACAGAAUCUUGUUGUUACGGUCUCAGGAGGUCCUGGUAAUCAACCAAGCACUGUGGUACCCUCUGGUGCUAAUGUUAGCAGUGUUGUUACAUUCACUGCCAGAGGCAGUAGAUCAGAACGAUUAGCUCCUUUUACUAUCACUGAUGAUUCCUUUGCACUUGAAACUAAUGAGACAUACCAAUUAUCAGUCAGCCAAGCACAGCCUAAUCCAUCUGUGGGCAUUGGGCCUCCUACCACUAUCAAUAUUGUUGAUGAUGAAGUUUUGAGAGUUACUUUUGGACAAGGCUCAUACAAUGCUACUGAGGGAGAUGGCAAUAGAAUGUUGCAAGUUAUGAUUAGCAAUCCAAUUGUCCAAGACUUUACAGUCACAGUCAAUGGAAGCUCCGGUCCCCAGCCUUUUGUUGUUAACAAUGGUCCCAGCAUCACUCAAACUAUCACAUUUAAUUCUAGAGAUAGGACGACAGCAAUGGUUCCAUUUGAUGUUGGUGAUGAUGCAGUAGCACUUGAGAAUACUGAGUCAUACACAAUUGGAUUGAGCAAUCCUAGUCAGCCUGGUGUUAACAUUGCUUCGAGCACUGAGAUAAGGAUUGCUGAUAAUGAUGUUCCAAUGGUUGGAUUUGAGAGAGACACUUACAGUUUUCUUGAGAAUGCUGGAACUACAAUGGCAGUUACUGUAGUCCUCAGUAAUGAGGUCAUCAGGCCAUUUACUGUCAGGGUGGUUGGAGCUCCUGACCCCGUGACUCCUGGAAAUUCAGGAACACCAGUUAAUCAAGUUUUGGGUUUUGCUGCUAAUGAUAAUUCAAGUGCUAAUUUAAGGCAAAUAGUACCUGUUACUGUUAUAGAUGACUCAAUUUCUGGAGAAGCAGUACAAACUUAUCCCCUGAACUUUACUGAUGUACCACAAGAUAUCACUAUUGGAAGUUUCCGAUCAACUAACAUUGUGAUCAUUGAUGAUGACGAAUCCGUUGUGAGGAUAAUCGAUGGCGAUAAAACAGUUCUUGAGUCAGAUGGUAGUUCAGUCAUUACAGUAGUACUAACAGGAGCUAACUCUGACAUAGUAUCAGUAGAUAUCCUUAACAGCACUGGUGGUGUAGUUGGUACAGCAACUUUCCUUUCAUCGCAGGAUGUCACUGCACAGACUUUUAAUGUCACUGUCAAUUAUUUAGAUGACAAUGUAGCACUUGAACCAAAUGAGAUGUUCACUUAUACACUUGGAAAUCUUAGAGGAGAGGCAAGGGUUGGCAUGCCAAACACUUCAACUCACACUCUUGUUGAUGAUGACAGGCUUACUGUUCAGUUUGUUGAGCGAAUGUACACGUUUAAUGAACCUGAUGGAGCUGUCUCUAUUGCAGUGAAUAUAUCUAAUCCCAUUGCACAGGGCUUCACUAUUUCAACUGGAAGAAUUAUUGAGACGCAGCCAUUUGUAAUCCCAUCUGGUCCUAACUUUUCUGACUCUCUUGUCUUCACACCAACUGGGCCAAUGGCCAUUGAUGUGAAUGGGAUUGUAACUAAUGACAUGAUAGCACUGGAGGAUGUGGAGAUGUACCGCGUUCAAUUGAGUAAUCUUAAUAUAAGCUCUUCUUACAUAACUGUUGGUGCUCCUACUAAUGUUAGAGUCAUCAGUGAAGAUGUUGUAAAUGUCACCUUUGCUACUGGUAAUGAUUUCUUUGAAUUCGAUCAACCCAGAACUGAACAAAUUGCUGUGUCAAUAACAUCACCAAUUGCAAGACAACUGGAUGUUAACAUCAGUUCAGUCUACCAGCCGGAUCCAUUAGUUGAGCAGUCAGGAAUGAGUUUUACUACACAAGUAUCAUUUGUUAGAGGUGGUUCAGUCAUUGACACAUUUAAUUUCCCAAUUGGCACUGAUGAUGUUGCAUUUGAAGCAGUAGAGAGGGAGGUAUUGUCUUUCACUGGAUCAUCUCCUAGUGCUGGAGUCAAUUUUGGACCAAACACUGAAGCUACAAUUACUGAUCGAGACGUGGUGGGUAUCAUGUUUGUUGAUAGCUCCAUCACAGUAUUAGAGAACAGCUCAAUGGUUACUGUACAGUUGAUGAGGAGCAACCCAAUAAGACAAAAUGUGACUGUUAGAGUAUUAGGAGGACCAAACCGAAAUCAACUGUUUGUAGAUACUUCUGGUACUGAUGUCGACAGAUUCGUUACAUUCUCUCCCAAUGGGCCAGAUAAACAACCACUCACUUUCCAAGUCACUGAUGAUCAGACAGGACUAGAGGACUUAGAAACAUAUUUCUUGAACCUUACCUCAUCCAUCCCAACCACUAGAGUCAAUCUAGGCAGUUCUCUACGAGUUAAUAUCAUGGACAAUGAUAUUGUUGGUGUCAAUUUUAAUCAGACUUCAUAUGAUUUUGAUGAAGAUGAUGGAGCUGGGUCAGUACAAGUUGUGAUUGAUAGACCAAUUGCACGAGAUUUGACUGUACCAGUUAGAGGAGCCCCUGGAACACAGCCAAGCACUGUAUUCAUAUCAGGAACUAAUGUUAACAGUGAUGUCACUUUCUCAGCUGGAGGGGUACUACAAAUGACUGUCUCUUUCCCUAUCAAUGAUGAUAGCGUUGCUCUUGAAGACGUGGAGUCUUAUCCAUUAAGAUUUGGUUCUUCUACUCCAAGUGGUAGAGUUACAACUGGUGCACCAACCACUCUUAGGAUAAAUGAUGAUGAUCCAUUUUUCUUCGGCUUCAGAGAGAGUAAUAGGACCUAUCCUGAAAAUGGCGGCAGUGGUAGCUUUACCUUUGUAUCUGGCCCUGCAGCCAGACCCGUCACAUUUGAUUUUACUCAAACUGAUGGUUCUUUAAUGGGCAUUAAUGAAUCUCUAUUCACAAUGGUCUGUGGCACUGGGUCUACAUUAACUGUUCCCAGUUCACCAUCAGAGACGCCAGUUGUCUGUUUGGCUGAUAUAAGAGAUGAUUCCACAGCACUUGAGAAUGAUGAGAGAUCAAGCAUUAGAGCAGUGCCAAUAUCUGUUACUGGAGCAGAGCCUGUUAACGAACAGUUCACAGCCAUUGUUAUAGAUGAUGAUGUUCCUGGUAUCUUUGUUACACCACCUACUACCAGUGUUGUUGAAGGAGGCUCAGUUCGAGUGUGUGUUGAAUCAAACGUUACCUCAUUGAGACCAAUAGAUGUAACACUAUCUACUAUCAAUGGAACUGCUACUGGCCCACCAGAUUUUGUCGGUGGUUCCGCCCAACUCACAAUACCAGCUGGUUCUCGGGGUCCACAGUGUGCUAUGGUUAGGACACUCAAUGACACAGAAAGCGAAGGAAAUGAGACCUUUUCCAUCGGCGUUACUAACAUCAGCACUAGACCAUCUCCUAAUGCAACCAAUCCACAGACCCCAGUACCCAUUGGAGGAAGCAGCACAUCAACAGUCACCAUCAUCGAUACCACGCCCGAGUCACGUCGCUGUGAGCUUAGAUCAUCCACCCGCAGACUGACGACAUUCCGCGAUAGAGAGAGCUAUAUUUAUAAUGGAAGCUGCGAGCGAUCGCUCGUCGCCCAGAGAACAUCUUUCGGGGACUUUGCUGUUGUCGUCGAUAGCCUUGAUGGAUCCUUCAUGACAACACGUCUUGGAGUGAGACUUGGUCGCGAAGUAUUAGUAGUGAAUGCUUUCAACAGGACUAUCAUAAGACAAGAGAAUUUGAAUAGAGUGGCAUACUCUAGCAUGCCAAGUGAGCUACGUAUAUCAGUAGCAGACUUAGACGUUCAGAUUAACAUCAACGAUGAUGGAAUUGAUAUCAAUAUCGGAGAAGGCUCGGAUCUAGAUACUCAUACUGGCCUCUGUGGGAACAGGAAUGGAAUGUUGGUGUAUAGGAAUGGAACAGUUGUACCUGACCCUGACAGCAACAUUAACAGAUUAUUGGGUCAUUACACUACUCCUCCUAGUGAGACAUUUGUUCGUACUAUUGCAAGAAGACAGUGUGGUUUAUUGGGUGAAGACAGUGAAACAGGUGACCCAAUGUUCACAGUCCCACUCUACACACCUGAUUUGGCACAACCUCACACUUACUCACUCUGCUAUGAGAUCCAUGGAAGUGGUGACCAAUACUACAACUUUAUAUCCGACGGAUGCACAUCAGUCAACGGCCACUACUUUAGCACCGAUGAUCCUGAUGAUAACCAGAGAGACUUUCAUGGAGUUGAUAGGAUACGCAUUCGAGCAGUGAAUAAGAACCAGCAAUGUGUUGAUAUAUCAGUUAUACUAGGGUCAGAUAAACUCUGUACUACAUCAGUUGGUAGCAAUGUUAUAAGUAGUUAUGACUCCUCUGGUAUUACUGUUAGUGUUGAUCGUAAUACUACUAGGAUCUCUGUUCCUAAUUGUGCCGAUGCUGCAUUAGAGAUGACUGUACAUUGCAACGUGACCCCAUCAGGUAUCGGCUAUCAAGAGUUUAGGGUAAUACGUGGGUUGAAUCUCAAUGAAGAUUCGCAUGGAAUCAUUGGUCAGUUCUGGAAUGUUGAGACUCAAGUUACUAAAUACAAUGGUACUCUUCGUGAUGGCACUGUAUCGCCUAAUGCUUACCGUAUUGAUGUAAAACCAAGAAACAAGCCACAAAGGAGUUUUGUCGGAUUCCUGGAACCUGUCACCUGGGACUUUACACCUCAGCGCUGCUUGUAUGCUGGUAAUUCUCAAGGAGGAGCUAUUAAUGAAGUCAUAGAAGAUGAUUUGAACCAUUCGCUUUUGGAAGGCGACUACAGAGACUAUCAGAUGGAAUCUUCAUUUGAUACAGAAUUUCGUUAUGGACACUUUGAGAGUAAUCGCUGUUAAUGAACUCUCUCUUUCUCGCUUUUUUGAUUUUCUACAUUUAUAUAUUGUAUGUAGUGUAUUAGUUAGUUCAUUAGCUUCUCUCUCCCCCUGUGUUUAGAAUAGAUUUAGAUAUUUUUUUAUUAUUAUUAUUUUAUUAUUAUUGUUAUUAUUAUUUUUUGUAUGCUUCAUAUUAUGAUUUGAUAAAAAUUUCAACUGUAAAAAUAUUUAAAGACAACAUUCAAA